UAAAAAUGAUUAUCUAAUCUAUAAGUCGGUCAAAAAAAUGAAGAUGACAAUAACUUAUCAGAGCUGCUCUAAUUUAAAUCAUUUAACCCUAAAUAAGAUAAGAUUCCCCCCAAAUGCACUUUGUUUUUCGUCAAACUGAUCAAAGUUCCCACCACGUGAUGAUCACGUGAUGUCUGAGAUUAUUAAUCCCCAGGAGAUUAAUUGAAAACAUCUCAACUUCUUAUCAAUCAGUCAGUAGUUCGUAGUAUUGCCCAUUCCCACGCACUCUCUCUCUCUCUCUUCCCAGACCAGACUUCCCCCACCACUUAUCUCCUCCGUCCUCCGCCUACUUCCUCCUCCCUCUCUCUCACCCACAGUCACACAGUCAUGAAUCAUCCGGUAGUAUUAGAGUAGCAAAAUCCCGCCAGUUUUGCUGCGAGGAAACGAGAAGACCAAAAGGAAAAAAAAUGAAAACCGUAAUUCGGAAGAAACGUUUUGGGUCAAGUCGUGCAGUGUCUUCCUCCACCUUAGAACCCAUCGUAAACCUCCGUCUUCUCUUCCUCUUCGUCCCUACCUAAAACACACUUUUUUUUUUUUUUUUCAAACCAAAAAAUAUCAGAAAUAAACCUAGAAGAAUUCCACUGUAUAUCUUUCUGUAACACACAUGGAGGAUGAUGAUGCCCCGGCUGAGAUAUUAUCACAUUUGAAUGAAGACCUUUUGACCCGAAUUUACGCCUUCCUCUACCACCAGGACCACCGCGACACCAAAUCAUUUCGCGCCACGUGUAAAGCCUUCCUCCGAGUUGACUCACUCGUUCGUACUCACCUCAAAAUCCUCCGCCCCGAGUUUCUCCCCCGCUUACUCACCAAAUUCCCUUCCGUCUCCUCCCUCGAUUUCUCCGGCUGCCCCCGCUUCGACGACGGGGCGGUGGCCCUCCUCCUGCGAAAUGGGUCGGGCCGUAUUUGGGCUCCGAGGUUGAGGAGGGUGGUCCUCAGGCGUUCCUGCGGGUUGGGUUAUCAUGGGCUCGGAAUUCUGGUUCGGGCUUGCCCGUUUCUGGAGGAUUUGGACGUUUCUUUCUGCUGUGCGUUUGGUGAUUUGGAGGCGGCGGCUAUUUCGUGCGCGGCCAACUUGAGGGAUCUGAAACUGGAUAAAUGUCUCGGAGUCACUGAUGUUGGUUUGGCUAAGAUUGCUGUUGGUUGUCAAAGUCUUGAAAAACUUAGCUUGAAAUGGUGCUUUGAGAUCACCGAUCUUGGGAUUGAUCUUCUGUCCAAGAAAUGUUCCACUCUGAAGCUCCUUAACAUCUCUUACUUGAAGGUAACCAAUGAGGCGCUGCGGUCGAUUGCUAGGAUGGAGAGGCUGGAAGUAUUAACAAUGGUUGGUUGUGGAGCUGUGGAUGAUGGUGGGCUCAUGUAUCUCAGUACUGCAUGUCCUUUGCUUCAGGUACUGGACGUAUCAAGAUGUGACAAACUUAGUUCAUCUUCUGUUCUUUCAGUGAUUAAGGGACGCAGUGGUUUGCUGGAACUCAAUGGUAGCUACCUUUUCUUGGAUCUGCACUUGGGCUCAUUUACCUCCUUGAAGGACUUAAAAAACCUUAAGACACUUAAUGUUGAUGGCGCAUUUAUUUCAAAAUCAAGCUUUCAAAUCAUUAGCAGAAGUUGUAAAUUUUUGGUUGAGAUUGGGCUUGGCAAAUGCAAGGGGGUAACAGACAAAGGCAUUCUUCAGCUUGUAUCUGGAUGUACUAACUUGAGGAUGUUCAAUUUGACAUGCUGCGGUGAUAUCACGGACAUUGCAAUUUCAGGAAUAGCAAAAUCUUGCUUAAAUCUUGUUUGUCUGAAGUUAGAAUGUUGUAAUCUCUUGUCUGAGAGGAGCCUAUAUUGUCUUGGAUCUUUCUCCGUCCUACUUGAGGAGCUUGAUCUCACUGAUUGUUUUGGUGUUAAUGACGUAGGUCUAAGUUAUUUGUCUAAAUGUUCAAACCUUGUGCGCUUAAAGUUGGGACUUUGCACUAACAUCUCUGACAAGGGAUUGUCCUACAUUGCUUCCUACUGCAAACAGAUCUGUGAACUUGAUCUUUACCGGUGUUCAGAAGUUGGCGAUGAUGGAUUAGCUGCAUUAUCCAUUGGUUGCAAGAAGUUGAAGAAGCUGAACUUGUCAUACUGCAACAAAGUGACUGACAAAGGGAUGAUGUACCUAGGCAACAUGGAGGUUUUGUCUGAUCUUGAACUACGGAGCCUUCUGAACAUAACAGGUGACGGUUUGGUAAAGCUUGCAAGUGGUUGCAUAGAACUUUCACAGCUGGACCUUAAACACUGUGAGAAUGUUGAUGAUACUGGGUUUUGGGCAAUCGCCCACUACUCGCGGAAUUUGCAGCAGGUAAGCAUCUCAAUUUUGAGUUAAAUAACUUUGUGUUAAAACCGUUGUUCAUAGAUUAUUCUUGCUGGUACACUUGCAUAAAAUCUCUUCGUGUGGGAAAAGUUUUAUUAUUUCUGGGUUAAAACUUACCUAGGUUGGAAAUUUACCCAGAUUAAAAUUUGAGCACUUUUGGCCGGCGAAUUACAUCAAUAUACCACAGCUGUUUCAUUUUUGUUUCAUGAAUUCAUAGGCUGAAGUAUCAUAAUUAGUUAUUCGGUAUGGUUGUCCCUGUGAAUUUCCAUUUUCAUACCUACUAUAUUUUAUAUCGACUGCAUGAGCUGCAGAAGCUCUAUCAGGUUUCUUGACAUUGGUUAUCCAUGUAGAAUAUUUUUUAAUGUCCCUAGGUGGAUAUAAACGACAAUGUGUGAUGAGCUUGAUACAUUAUGAAUCUUUUUUUAUUUCAUAUUUCUGAUUAGCUUUUCGUUGUUUUUGUUUGUUGCCUAAAUUUUUUCUGUUUUUGGGGCUUACUUUGUGUAUUGCACACUAUGAUCUUAUUGUAGUGGUUGUUUUUGUGACACUAAAUAAAGCAGUGAGUGCAUUCUAAGAAAGCUUGCACUGAGGAUUUUGGAACAUCUCCCCGCAUGAUUGUAUGCACCUUGGAGUUUAGGAGUAAGCUCUCACUAUGCUUUUUCUUCGCAGAUCAAUUUAAGCAACUGUGCCAUUUCAGAUGUCGGAUUGUGCAUGGUGAUGGGAAAUUUGACGCGACUUCAAGACGUGAAGUUAGUCAACCUUAAGAAUGUAUCAAUAAAUGGGUUGGAGCUUGCUCUCAGGGCGUGCUGCGUGCGGCUGAAAAAGGUGAAGUUACUCGCUUCACUUAGAUUUCUGCUGUCCCAGGAGAUAGUUGAGAUGCUAGGAGCAAGAGGUUGCCGGAUUAGAUGGGAUUAGGGUUCUUUACACGUAAUGGAGCAUUUUUGCAUCUUUCUAUAUACUUGCAACAAUGUAUUUGUUUUUUUUUUUUUAAAAAUUUUUUUUCGUUUAUUGGCUUUUUAGGGCAGUAGAUGGUUUUCUCUCUUGGAAAUUUAAUGUAUAGAAGGAUUAGUGUAACAAAAAGUUUUGGAGAAGUAUAAGCCUUGUAAUAAAUACCAAGUAAAACUCUAAAAUUUUUCUGAGUGUAAAUUAUUACAAUAAAAAUAAUCAAUUUUAAGAAAAACUAACAGGUUCAACUCUGAUUUGGUUUGAGAAUGAAUCUUCUCUUGUUGUUCCGUUUUCCGUUUGGUUUACAGUCUGAUAUUAUUACUAAAAUACAAUACAACUUCAUUAAGAAAAAAUGAUUAGUUGUAAUAUUAGCGUUCAUGGAAUUCCGCUUUUUCAUCAACAAAACACGAUGGAUAGAUUGAUAGUGCUUCCAUUCCAUUUUAAUAUCUCAUUAUUUUGUACUCUUUAAGGAAGCGGACUAUUGAGAUGGGAAUGAAGGAAGUAUAUAAAUAGUGAAUUUUAUUUGCUCCAUGAAGUAUCAUUGUCUCCGGUUAAAGUUUUACUCUUGAUAGAGAAAUCUUUUUUUUUUUUGGCUUGUGGAAUGAUUUAUGUAGUAGUAUAUAUACUGAACGUGGCCGAUCAAUUCCCUUUGCUGCAGUAACCUUUUAAACCUUGUGUACAUUUGAAGCUUAGAAUUGCUGCAAAUUUGCUUUCACAUGAAUUUUUUUUUUACCAAGGAGCACGUUUCAUAGAUACCCUCUUUUAGUGCGAACACAUACUUUGUUGCCACAAGACAAGUUAUAUAUAUGCACUAAAGAAUGUUUUUCCAA